UAAUUUUGUGAGUGUUUUAGUUAAUUAAUUGAUGAGAAGAGAUAAUCAGAUAUGGUGCCAGCACUACCACCAAGACCUACUAAGUCCACAAAGGUGUAUAUACGUCUGGUGAUCGAGAGUGCUGGUGUGGUCUGCUUCCAUGACCUGAGAGCCAUCAGAAUGGCAUCGUAGUGCCAUCAGAGUAUGAAUGAUGGACCCAUAACGACAACCAGAAAGUUGCAACUGGAGAACGAAAACUCCGGUUUCGCAGUUUUUCAGCCGGUCAAUCUCAACUACAUUCCGUCAUGGGGUUUUACAUUGGCCCAAUACUCCCCUAUCAUCAAUUUAUCGAUUGCUAUCUAAUCAAAUAUCCACGUUGAUUUCACAAAUUGUUUUUGAGUAAGAAUGUAAGUCUACCCUACAAGCAACUUGCCGUAUAUCUGUUUUUACGAUGUGUCAUUGGUCAAUAGGAUUAAUUGAUGUGGCACAGGCUUACACAAUGCAGUAAUUAAAUAUGC